AUGGACUUAUUCUAUGGCUCUCUUCUCUCUUUCUUUGUAAUCUUAGUCUCUUUAGGACUUCACUUUCUUUUCUACAAGAAAAACACCACCGGGCUCCAACCCCCGGGAGGAAAAGGAUGGCCAUUCCUUGGAGAGACCCAUGAGUUUCUCUCCACUGGUUGGAAUGGCCAACCUGAAAAAUUUGUAUUUGAUCGCAUGGCACGAUAUUCAUCUAAUAUCUUCAAGACAUCCUUGUUAGGAUACAACACGGCUGUCUUUUGUGGACCGGCUGGAAACAAGUUCUUGUUCGCAAAUGAGUACAAACUUGUACGAAUGUGGGUGCCUGACUAUGUAAACAAGUUAUUUCCUUCUAAAUCAAGUGCGGCCGAUGAAGCAAUAAAAAUGAGGAAAUCUUUUCCAAUGUUCCUUAAACCGGAGGCUUUGCAGAGAUACAUCAGUGUGAUGGAUGAUGUCACGGGGAAACACUUUACAACUUCGUGGGAAAACCAAGAAGUUGUGGCUGUCUACCCUCUUAUCAAACGCUUUGCGUUUCUUAUAGCCUCUAAGUUGUUUAUUAGCGUAGAAGAUCCCAACCACAUAGCAAAAUUUGCAGCCCCUUUUGCAGAUUUAGUUUCGGGCAUAUUUUCAAUCCCUAUAGACUUCCCAGGAACACAAUUUCACAAAGCGGUGAAAGGUGCAAACCACAUAAGAAACGAGCUUAUCAAGAUAAUCAAACAACGAAAGAUUGAUUUGGAAGAUGGAAAGGCUUCACCAAAACAAGAUAUAUUAUCACAUAUGCUAGCUACAAAUGGUGAUGGUGAGGAUGCCAUGACAGAUUCAGAUAUUGCUAACAAGUUGAUUGCUUUGUUACUUGGGGGACACGAUACUAUUGCUAGUACAUGCGCUUCUAUUGUAAGGUAUCUUGCCGAGCUUCCUGAUAUUUAUGAAGGAGUUUACAAAGAACAAAUGGAAGUCGCAAAGUCAAAAGGACCGGGUGAACUAUUAAACUGGGAAGACAUACAUAAGAUGAAAUACUCAUGGAGUGUAGCAUCUGAAGUGUUGAGGCUUUCCCCUCCUUUCCAAGGAACAUUCAGAGAAGUUCUCACUGAUUUCACCUUCAGUGGUUUCUUCUUUCCAAAAGGAUGGAAGAUAUAUUGGAGCACAAAUGGUGUACAUAAAAACGCCGAAUACUUUCCAGAGCCGCUUAAAUUUGAUCCAUCAAGAUACGAGGGAGCCGGACCAGCUCCAUACACAUACGUGCCUUUUGGAGGAGGGGCUAGGAUGUGUCCGGGAAAAGAGUUUUCGCGAUUGGAGAUACUUGUAUUUAUGCACCACAUAGUGAAGAGAUUUAAAUGGGAGAAAACCAUUCCUGAUGAAAAGAUCAUUGUUGAUCCAAUGCCUGUUCCUGCCAAAGGACUUCCUGUUCGUCUUUACCCACAUAAUACCUAA